GUUCGGGGGCUGUCACGGGGCAGGGGGGUGCCCGGUAGCAGCGGCGGGCCCGUGUCAGUUCAGGGGGCAGGGCCGUUUAGCCCGCCGGGGGAGCGGGCAGGGGCCGUUAGGACGCGGCGGGAGGCGGCAGCCUGCUCUUCCUGCGCGCAGCCCCCUCCUGCCGCCCUGCUCUGUUCCUCGGCCCCCGAGGGGUUAGCGCUGCCCCCGCCGCCCCGCCCCUCCCCCAGCCCACGCACAGUGCCGGGCCGUGCCCCGGCCGCGGGGAUGGGGCGGGCAGCGGCGCUCGGGCUGGGACGCGUUGCCGCUGGUCCCCUCGCGGAGGGCUGGGCGCGCUGCGCGUAGCGCGGGGGUGGCAGCGGCGGAGGCAGCUGGGGCAGGGGGAGGCAAGUGGCAAAGCAGCAGCAGCAGCGAGAGGCGUCUCCAGCGCUGGGCUCUCUGACUCCGCAGCAGCCGCAGCGCCGCGCUGAAUUCCUGUGCACGGAGCUCGGCUCAUUCUCCGCCGGGCUGCCGGGGGCUGGGGACGCGCCCGCCCCGCAGUAGCAAGAUAGAAGUCUAUGCUCUGUAGCUGAAAGGAUAUUUGUGGAAUUUAUUCAAAAUAGGGUUGCUAUUGUAUGCUGAGACACUUGAUCCUUCUCAGUCCAGUGAGCCCCAAGAUGGAUGAAACAUACUGUAUGUCACCCAAUUAUUGCUAUUUCAGCCUCAGUGUAUUUUCAAAGCAGCACAAGGAUGGCGUUAUUUUCGAAAGCUAGGGAAGAACAAAAGCACGACUGGUAUGAUGGAUGAAGCUGUAGAGGUAUCAACUGAUGGGAACUCCCUUAUAAAAGCUGUCUAUCAAAGCAGACUUCGCCUCACAAGACUGUUGUUAGAAGGUGGAGCAUACAUUAAUGAAAGUAACGAAAGAGGUGAAACCCCUUUAAUGAUUGCUUGUAAGACACAGCAUGUGGACCAGCAGAGUGUUAGCAAAGCAAAAAUGGUUAAAUAUCUGCUGGAAAAUAAGGCAGAUCCAAAUAUACAGGACAAAUCUGGAAAGACAGCUUUGAUGCACGCAUGCUUGGAAAAGGCUGGCCCUGAAGUGGUUUCUUUGUUGCUGAAAAAUGGGGCUGACCUAAGUCUGCAAGACCAUUCUGGUUACUCUGCACUUGUUUAUGCAGUAAACUCCGAAGACCGAGACACCCUGAAAGUUCUCCUAAAUGCUUGUAAAGCAAAAGGAAAAGAAGUAAUCAUCAUUACAACAGACAAGUCUUCAUCUGGAAGACAAACAACUAAACAGUACUUAAAUGUGCCUCCGAAUGACAUUGAGGAAUGCCAUUCUCCAACUGCCUGCACUUCCCCAUCAGAAAUAGAACUUAAAACAUCUCCACUUUCAAAUUCACGUGAAACAGAAAAAACCCUUUUUAGCUUUAAAGAACCAGAUCAGCCUGGAAGCAUGGAAAAUAUAUCUGAGCCAGUCUCUCCUACUAGAAAACCAAAUUUAACACAUGUAGGACCCAAGCUGGCACAAGUGCAGCGUCUGCAUUCUGAGUCUUGGGUAAAAAGCUCUCUGUUCCAUCAGAAUAGAAUUUCCUCUUUACAAGAAGAACUUCAGGAUAUAACUCCAGAGGAAGAACUGUCUCUGAAAGUCAAUGGUCUAGCCUUAUCCAAGAGAUAUAUUACCAGACACCAAAGCAUUGAUGUAAAAGACACUGCUCAUUUGUUGAAAAUCUUUGAAACUGGCUCAAGAAAGUUGUCAUAUGAGGAGAUAAAUUCUCAGUCACUUUAUGCUGAGGGAAACCAUAGCCAGAGUGAAAUUCCUGUGGAUCAGGAUUCAGAUUCAGUGCAAAUGAGAUUUGUUUCAAGCCUGAGAAGUAUUAUUCAAAAAAGAAGUUUAGGGGCAAAUCACUACAGCUCUGAUUCUCAGCUAACUACUAGUCUGAGUCCUGCUACCACAGAAGAUAGCAAAUCACUUUUGGGAAAGAAAAAGAUUCUCUCUCCUUCUCCCUCUUUGUUAUCGAGUUCCAGAGAAUUGCUAGAGAACAUGCCUCCUGGUCCACUGAACAGGAGAAACCAUGCUGUUUUAGAGAGACGAGGGUCAGGAGCCCUCUCUUUAGAUCACAUUGCCCAAACUAGGCCAGGUUUCCUUCCACCUUUAAAUGUGAAUCCUCAUCCUCCAAUUCCAGAUAUUAGUUUUAGCAACAAGAUUUCUGGAAUUGUUUCUUUUGGACAAAAAACCCUAAUUCCAACAGCACCUGCUUUUCCCAAGGAGUUCAAAGGUAACAAAAUGUUGGUAAGGAGGCAGUCAUUACAAACUGAACAGAUUAAACAACUUGUGAAUUUUUAACAUGGUACUAAAGUGUUAACAUGUACAUACUUGUAGCUUUAUUCAUUUGGAAUAAAUAUACCCCAAAGCAGAGAGCCCACACAAGGUCCUCUGUACCACAAAGGUCCUUAACAUGGGAUUCUUGGAUGGACUCUGAGAUGAGUUUCAUCUUAGAUUUAGCAGAUAAGUGUGUUCAGCUAAAUUUACUCUGCUGCUAUAAUCUGCAAAGUAACAAAUAUACUUUUACCAUAUUCUUCAUAAUAGAAAACUAAAACACUAUGGGUCUGAUUCUUUGUGGCCCCAUACUUUGAGUCACUGACACAAAACACUUAUUCUGAUUUGGUAGCAUUUUACACCCAGUGUGUACUCACUUUACACAGAUAAGUGACUACAUAAAGUGCAGGGCAAUGAAGAAUUAGGCUAUAUGAUAGUUCCAUCAAUGUAGGUAGAGAAGAAUAGCUAUUAUCAGAGCUGAUUAGUAGGAGUUACAAGCCUCUAAGGAACAGAGAGCAGGCUUAAUGUGGGAAAAUUAUACAAAAUAGCUACAAUUCUAAAGUAAAACAGACCCACAAAACUGAUUCAAAAUAAUGUAUAAUUCAUGUUUUUAUUGAGCAACAGCUUCAAUUUAAAAACAAGAACAUUUCCUAAUUGAUUGUUUUUAAAUACUGCAUAUUAAAUAAUGAAGUAACUUAUUAAACAAAUGGAUAAAUGUUUCAUCAUGAGCUGGACUAAAAUGUCAUACUUUAAGUGGGAAAGAAACAUACAUGUUGGAAAUCUUAAAGUUCAGACUCUGCUUCUGUCCUUUAAUACAACUCUUAUGGAUACUCUAGGUUUUGACUCUUAUUUGGCACUUUUAUCACCUCAGU